AUGCCCGACAUGCCUGCGGUCUUCCACCAGGCCUCGUCCCCGCCCAAAGUCGACCUCGCCAGUGCGCAUUCACAAUUUUUCCAAGUCCCCGCCUCAUCCUCCGCCUCCUCAUCUCUCUACUCGCUAUCUGUCAGCCGUAAGCGACCUCGCCGUGAGACAGAAAAAAUCACCAAGUUCGAUUUCGAAGCCCCCAUCACCACUUCACCGCUUUUCCUUCCCAGCCACCAACAUGCCAUCGACUACCACGCUGCAGAGCUAGACUAUCGUCCAAACAGGUACAGAGAGUCCUUUCUACCACCCUCUCUCGAUGGAAGCGUCGACUCGAUCGCCCCAGAACCCCUCGGUACAAGUCGUAAGCGCAGUCGCCGCGACUCAUGCAUCGCUUCUCCAUCCGUCGAAGAGACACCAACAUCUAGCAGACGCCCAGGAUGGGGCCGCACCGUCAUCAACGCCGUUGGCAAAGUUCUCGAUUUAUGUUGGACGGGCGCGUUCAAGGGCUUCUACGCUGGCGGCGGACAAGGUUACGAUAUGACAGCCGGGUCGCCUACCCAAAUUACUACCACUUGGCAGAGCCCAGCGAGCGAGAAAGAUACCCCCAUGCCCCACACGCCUAUCCCGGGUCAGUAUCCCGAAGAGGAUGCCGAUCGCAGCUGGGUCGUUGUCCCCACUCAAGCGAGCGAUCCCUUCGACCAUGACGAUCUCGCUAGUCCAUCUCUCAAAUCACGCCGAGUACACCAGGCAUCCAGCCCUCGUCGCCGACCGGCUGUUAUGCCAAAGAUGGCAAAAAGACCAAGCUCCGCCAUGAGACCGUCUACUCCAUCGCGUAUUCCAACUGCGUCGCCGAGGUCUAAGGGUGGGCCCGCAUCAGCAGAUAUGCAGCGGCAUGCGGCGCGGAUGAGACGGAAGGAGCGAGAAGAAGACGCGAGCAUUCAGAGAUUGAAUAAGCAGCUACAAGCCAUGAUCCGGGAAGGGAAAGAGGCACUAGGAACAACGAUCGAAGUGGAUGAUAUCGAUAUGGACUUCGACUCGUCUUGA